AUGCAGGACCAGGGGAGCGGGAGCGGCGCUGGCGGCAACGGGACUUCAAGCUACGCCGACUCCCUCACAUGGACCAGGGGAGCGGGAGCUGCACUGGCGGCAACGGGACUUCAAGCUACGCCGACUCCCUCACAUGGACCAGGGGAGCGGGAGCGGCGCUGGCGGCAACGGGACUUCAAGCUACGCCGACUCCCUCACAUGGACCAGGGGAGCGGGAGCGGCACUGGCGGCAACGGGACUUCAAGCUACGCCGACUCCCUCACAUGUGCAGGACCAGGGGAGCGGAAGCGGCGCUGGCGGAAACGGGACCUCGACCUUACUGACAUGGACCAGGGGAGCGGGAGCGGCGCUGGCGGCAACGGGACUUCAAGCUACGCCGACUCCCUCACAUGGACCAAGGGAGCGGGAGCGGCGCUGGCGGAAACGGGACCUCAAGCUACGCCGACCUUCCUGACAUGGACCAGGGGAGCGGGAGCGGCGCUGGCGGCAACGGGACUUCAAGCUACGCCGACUCCCUCACAUGGACCAGGGGAGCGGGAGCUGCACUGGCGGCAACGGGACUUCAAGCUACGCCGACUCCCUCACAUGGACCAGGGGAGCGGGAGCGGCGCUGGCGGCAACGGGACUUCAAGCUACGCCGACUCCCUCACAUGGACCAGGGGAGCGGGAGCGGCGCUAGCGGCAACGGGACUUCAAGCUACGCCGACUCCCUCACAUGCGCAGGACCAGGGGAGCGGGAGCGGCGCUGGCGGCAACGGGACUUCAAGCAACGGGACUUCGCAUGGUAAGGACGACCGGGAGCGGGAGCGGGUGCAAACGGCGCUGGCGGCGGCGACAAGGAAGGUCAACGUGAACUCCCUCACGCGCGGGCGACGACGCAUCGGGCUGUGGCGCGGGGAGAAGCCGGAGCGAGGAGGCGGAGCGAGGAGCAAGGAGUUUGACUCCCCCUCCCGUUCCGCCCUUUACUGCAGCUUUGGCGGGAGCGAGAGCAAUCAGCUGCGCAAACGUCAGGCAUGUAAGAUGUGUUUGGGUUUGGUUGUUCAGGAGCGAUAA